CCGCGGUGCAUGGUGGGGCCGUUGCCUCGGAAGCCCCGGUUCCCGGGUGGCCAGAGGCGGACGGAAGCGAGAGCAGCGGCGGAGGCGGCAGCAUGGUCCCGGCCUCCGCACCGCCCUGGCUCCCGGAGAGCCCCGAGUACUACGAGAGGCUGCGCCGCCUCCAGCUCGAGCUGCGGGACAGUGAAAAGAAGAGAUUGGAGCUGGAAAAGAAACUUUAUGAAUAUAGUCAAUCUAAUAUAUACAGAGUUAAGCUGAAGUAUGUAAAACUAAAGAAAUACCUGACGGAAAUAUGUGAAUCAGAAAAGAUGGCUCAUACUCGAAACCAAGAAUAUUUAAAGCAGUUUGAGUAUUUCCAAGCUCAUAUUGGACACUUUACCACCACAAGUACAGAGAAGCUUCAAGAACUAAAGAUUGAAUAUGAGGCUCAAUUUAAGAAGAUGCAGCUACUUUCAAAAGAUAGCCUGGGAAUAAAAGGUGAACUGAAAAAUGAAGACACAGAAAAGGUUGCAGUGCAGGCAGGAAUUAACUCAGAAACAGCCAUGUCAAGAGGAUUGUAUCAACCAGCAACAAGCUUUAUGGGCCGCCAAAUGUCAGCUGUCUCAAGCAUUGGAGAUUUCGGCACAGAGGAGAAAUCUCCCCAACCCACAAAGAACUUUUCAAUUCCUGACCCACAUUCACACCAACAGACAGCCCAGAACUAUAAUGUGACAGACAGCUAUGUAGUACAAACUAAUAGUGACACAGAGUGCUUAAAUAAGUCUGACAAAAUAGAUGGAAAGACAUCUCUUCAGAUUGGUGAGAAAAUGCUAGUCACAGCCAGCGUUCUGUCUGAGGAGGAACAAACUCAUUGCCUGGAGAUAGGAAGCAGCACACGUCAUGGCAAGAGUAAUUUAUCUGAAGGCAAAAAUUCUGCUGAACUUCAUUCCCCGUUACAGGAAAGAUUAAGUCCAGAGAACAGAACCACUGACUUAAAGUGUGACAGUUCCAGCAGAUCAGAGGGAUCGGAGAGAGAAAUACUGACACAAGAACAUAUUGAAGUCAAGGAAGAAAGAGCCAGACCGCCUGCCUCUCCGCUAUCAGUCUCGGAGUACUGUGCAUCUGAAAACAAGCAUUCUCAAGACAAGCAUUCCGCUGGGGAAGUUUUCUCAGAUCAUCUUCCUCAUGCAGACCCAGAGUCACAGAAGCCCUUCCAAAAAAUGCAGGAAGAGUGGGAGGAAGACAGUUUGAACAGCAGCAGUGACCUCACCGUUUCUGUAAGUGAAGAUGAUCUGAUUUUAAAGAGCCUGGAACCACAACCAAAUCCAGGUGACGAGAUGGAGGGAGAAGAUGGAAUAGAGGCCUUAAAAUUAAUCCGCUCCGAGCAAGAAAGAGAUGCCCCAUCCACUGAAAAACAUAAUUGUAUUUUGCAAACCCUAAGCUCUCCUGAUUCAGAAAAGGAAUCCUCUACUAGCUCACCAAGACAGCUCGAUAAUCACAGUGACAUUCCAAAAGGAGACCUUGAAGACUUGGAAGCAGCUGUCCUUCCCCAGCUUCUGAGACUCUCCCCGGGGGGUGGCAGCGAUGGAAAGCAAGUCAGAUCUGACCAAGUACCGGCCUCAGGCUUAUUAGGGGCACCAUUGAGUCAGGGUGUUGCCACCUUGAAAGAACAUUAUAAUUCUGUCAAAGAAGAGAUAGCUAAACUGUCUGAAGUUUUCCCAGUCAAAAAUGUGGACCAGAGGACAAAGGCAACAGUAUUAUUGAAAAGAGCCCCUACAGAAGAGGGUGAAGAUAGGUCGGCCAUUCACAGUAAUGAAUCAUCUUGCAGCUUGCCAUCCAUUCUGAAUGACAAUAGUGAAAUAAAGGAAGCAAAAUACACUCCGUGGUUCAACAGAGUUCUUACCUGGGAACAAGAAGUUUCAAGAGCCUGCAGAGAUGAGAGCAAGGAAAAAAGCAUGGCAGCAAAUGUUCCAAUCACAGAAACAAAAGUCUACCAGUGGCUGAAGCAGUCUGCCCUUCAGGAUAAUGCAGAUCAAACUGAGGACAGGCUCCAAAAGGACGCUUCUGCCUCACAGCUUCCAGGUUUGAACAUUGGCGGUGGUACAUUGAAGACGACAACUAACAAAAUCACAUCGGAAACUAGUUCUUCAUCUAGCCAAAGAAGCCCUUUGUCAAGUCAUGAAAACAAAAAGAAACUAACUACCAACUUAAAGUCUAAAGCCUUCUGGGGUGAGUCUGAUGACACUAACUCAGAAAUUGAAGCUGCUUUACGUCCUAGAGACCAUAGCACAUCCACGGAUGAUUUUGAUGAUUUUUAUGACUAAUAAACUGUAACUGUUCUUCAAAUAAAGUAUUUAAACAAAUUGAAA